AUGUCGAUUUUGCACAAAAGCGAUUCCAUACAGAUCCGGGAGGUUUGGGCCGACAAUUUGGAUCGAGAGUUUUCUUUGAUUCGUGGAAUCGUCGAUGAUUACCCUUACAUUGCUAUGGAUACGGAAUUCCCGGGCGUUGUGCUUCGACCAGUGGGCAAUUUCAAGAACCCAAAUGAUUAUCAUUUCCAGACAUUGAAAGACAAUGUGGAUAUGUUGAAUCUGAUCCAAUUGGGGUUCACCUUUUCGGAUGAUAAGGGGAAUUUGCCCACCUGUGGGUCUGAUAAGUGUUGUGUUUGGCAAUUCAACUUCCGCGAAUUCAAUCCCAAUGAGGAUGUCUUUGCAAAUGAUUCAAUUGAGUUAUUGCGCCAGUGUGGCAUCGAUUUUGUGAAGAAUAAUGAGAAGGGUAUUGAUGCCAAGCACUUUGGCGAGCUUCUAAUGUCUUCGGGAAUUGUUUUGAAUGAUGAUGUGUAUUGGGUGACUUUUCAUAGCGGGUACGAUUUUGGGUACUUGCUGAAGUUGUUGACUUGUAAGAAGUUGCCUGAUACGCAGGAGGGUUUCUUUAAGUUGAUCAAUAUGUACUUUCCAAAGCUUUAUGAUAUCAAGCAUUUGAUGAAGUUCUGUAACAGCCUGCAUGGUGGUUUGAACAAGCUAGCCGAGUUGUUGGAGGUGGAGAGAGUUGGAAUUAGCCAUCAGGCGGGUUCGGAUAGCUUGCUCACUGCUUGUACAUUCAAGAAGUUGAAGGAGAAUUUCUUUAGUUCUUCACUAGAGAAGUAUUCUGGUGUGUUGUAUGGUCUAGGUUUGUUUCCGUUUCUACCUUUCUUUGUCUCGGAUUCAGGUUGGCCUUAUAAUCAGGCACCAUUUAAUCAUGUUACGUUUAUGUUUUAUAAUAUUCCUGAAUGGAACUAUGUUAAGCCUUACGACCGCGCUCCUCGUUCAGGCCAGUUCAAACAGAGUAAAAGGCAGGUUUCGAAGUCGCCUCGUCGUCGGAAGCUUUUCCCAAGAAAUUACCAUCAUCGCUUCACCCGUCCGCGUGUACUCUGUACCGGUUUCCAACUAACUCAGCACAAAUACAUAUACGUUAAUCAUUUUUCAGCUGUGCUCAGGAAGGAACUCUGGAAUUUGUCAUGGUUGUAG